UUGCAUUUACAAUUAAUUGGAGCACUUUCAAGGCUAAAGCAUGGAUGAUUUAGACUUAACAAGCACUUUUUUUACACAGGUGUUUGUGUUGGUUUGGGUUCGGCUAUUGCAAUAUUAUUUUGCAUUAUGAUCAUAUACAUUCGUAGAAGAAAAAGGCUAUCAACCAAAAGUUCAUCAAUAUCCAAUAGAAAAAAGUAUGGUAUAGAUUCCAUAAUAAACUAUGGACCAAAGAGAUACCAUUACUCAGAGAUAAAGAAAAUGACAAACUCUUUCUCAACAAAAAUAGGUGAAGGUGGAUAUGGCAUUGUCUAUCAAGGCAAACUUCUUGAUGGUACUCUUGUAGCCAUAAAAGUUUUAAAGUUAUCGAAAGCCAAUGGUGAAGAUUUCAUAAAUGAAGUUAUGAGUAUUAGUAGAACUUCACAUGUCAAUAUAGUUGGUCUUUUAGGGUUCUGUUAUACCUCAAGGAAAGCAGCUCUAAUUUAUGAAUUUAUGGCCAAUGGAUCACUUGAUAGAUUCAUGUCAAGAAGUCACAAUCAUGAGAUGAAAAUGCUUCAUAGAAUUGUGACAGGUGUGGCAAGAGGAUUAGAGUAUUUACAUUGUGGUUGUAGUACAAGGAUAGUGCAUUUUGAUAUAAAGCCACAAAACAUUCUCUUGGAUGAAGAUUCAAACCCUAAAAUCUCUGAUUUUGGCCUUGCAAAGCUUUGCAAAAGAAAAGUGAGUGCAAUUUCAAUGUUAGGAACUCGAGGAACAGCUGGAUUUAUCGCACCAGAAGUUUUUAGUCCUGCAUUUGGAAUCGUGUCGUACAAAUCUGAUGUGUAUAGUUAUGGGAUGUUAGUUCUUGAUCUUGUAUUGGGAGGAAUAAGAAAUAAUCCUAACCGUUCAAGAUUGUUAUCCGAUGAUGAUAGUGAAAUGUACUUUCCAAAUUGGGUAUUCAAGAAUAUUGAAAUGAGUAAGAGUAUAAGAAUGAGACAAAGUUUGAUGGAGGAAGAAGAAGAAGAAAUGGAAAAGAAAAUGACUAUGAUAGGUUUAUGGUGCAUUCAAACAUCUCCCAUAGAUAGGCCUACAAUGAGUAGAGUUUUGGAGAUGUUAGAAGGCAGCAUUCACUCCUUGCAAAUGCCUCCAAGACCUUUAUUGGUUGCUCCUAAUAUGGCAACCCAACAAUCUACUUCUGAAUCGCUAUCAUAUAUAUGAGGUUGUUAAGGAUUGUUGUGAUUAUAUUCACUUAAUAUUGAUUUUGAUAACUAUUAUAUUUCAUUAUGGAGCUAACAUUGUAUUGAGUGUGUUAUAUAGUUCUCAAAA